AAUAUAAGCUUUGCUAUCACAUGUUUAACAACCGGUUAAUAUUAUGCAGAAUAAAACCAAAACUAGGUUUUAUAUCUUUCAAAAAGCAUGUGUACUGCAAUACAAACACACUAUUUUUUUAAAGAUUAAAGCACUAAAGUUAUAAAAUAUAUUGCUGUGGGUUGAAAUAGAGCUGGGCAGCAGCACCUGAUCUCUGUUUGCUCUCGUAAACAUAAAAGCAGGAGUGAGAGUCAAAGCUCUCGGAGACUGAACAAUAUUAGCAUACUGUAUGAAAAUUACUGCUCUGUUGCCAAGCAACCGGCAGUAAAUGGUCAACUCCUUUCCUGUGAAUGAGUCAUUCAAGUCUGUUGUCAUCUCCAUGGCUACUGCGGACCCUGCGCCAUCCUGGUGGAAACUGACCUUUAUGCGUAAAAAGAAAUCAGAGCCUAAGGUGUUGUAUGAAAUCCCAGCGGAACACGGCUACAACAGCGGAGAGACACCCGGCACAUCCGAUCCGACUGUUGACAGCCAGUUUAACGCCCGCUUAGAACGCAUCGUGGACAAAACGGCAACGAAGGGCCGCCACGUAAAAGUUUCACAUUCGGGUCGAUUUAAAGAGAAGAAGAGAAUCCGAGCUACGCUAGCAGAAAACCCCGACCUGUUCCCUGAGACCGAAAUGACUGAGGGUAAUAAAACUGGAAAAUAAGCCACUGUGCACUGUGCCAACAUGCGUGUAACACAGUCAACAGGGCCUCGGCCCAUGCAGCACUUUUGUAUUGAUGUCCUCUGCCGUUUACAAUCACCUGAGGCUUUGCCUAAAGAGAGAACAGGUUUGCUGAAUUAGUGACUGACAGUGAUGUUUGGGAACAAAGAGAAGAACAGAGCCAAAGAUCAGGUUUCUACAGAUACACACAGAAGACUGCAAUUGAUUUUAUUUGUAUCACUGGGGUUGUCCUUUGAAAGCACAAGAUACCAUUAAUGGUAGAAUAUUUUUGUCUGCUUAUUCUAGCACAUUUCCCUGUAUUUUAUGUGGUGUUGCAAACUAGAAUUACAGCUACAACAUUUGAUUAUACAGAUCAGCAAUAUAUUAUCAGCAAUAAGAGUAAUUAAAGACUGUUAUGGUCUUUUAUUUAAAUGUACAUUGUAAAUCUAAAACAGAUUUACUGUUUGAUUAUUUAUUGCUAUCAUUAUUAUUAUUAUUUAAAAUUGGUAGGAGCCCUAAAGACACACUCUUCGAUGUGUUGUUCUGAAUUAGGUGUAAAACGUGUUAUGUAACAUUGGAUUUUAAAACACCUAUACAAGACCGAAAAUAUAUUUUGAAUGAACAUUCCUGUUGCAAUGAUAAACAAUUUUUAAUAUACGAGUUGCUAUAUAUUAGGCAUAAAUGUCAUUUAUGGUGCAAAGCUAAUUUUUAUUUAAAAAAAAUAAUUAACAAACAGGACGGGGUUUUCUCAUUUAAUUAUUGUGCUUUUAUGUUGAAAUAAAUGUUAAAAUAAAAUACUUGCACAUUACUUAAUUUAAUUGUUUGCUUAGCUGGUAGUUUACACUGAAUUUUGUACAAAAUUGCAUUUGUUGUAUGUAAAUAGGCCUGGAACUAAAUAAAUUCGUUUAUAAUUUAA